CCAUCCUCUCGCUGGUGUACAAAUCUCACUUUCUGGUGUACAAAACUCACUCUCUCUCUGAUGUAUAACUCCCACCCUCUCUCUCUGGAGUACAAAUCUCUCUCUCUCUUUCUGGUGUACAAAUCUCACUCUAUCUGGUGUACAAAUCCCUCCCUAGCGGUGUACAAAUCUCACCCUCUAUCUGGUGUACAAAUCCCACCUUCUCUGGUGUAAAAAUCCCACCCUCUCUGGUGUACAAAUCCCACUUUCUCAGGUGUACAAAACACACCCGCUCUCUCUCGUGUACAAAUCUCACUCUGUCUCGUGUACAAAUCCCACCCACUCUGUGGUGUACAAAUCCCACUCUCUCUGGUGUUCAAAUCCCACUCACUGUCUGGUGUACAAAUCUCACUCUCUCUGGUGUACAAAUCCCACACUCUCUCUGGUGUACAAAUCUCACCCUCCCUCUGGUGUACAAAUCCCACCCUCACGCUGGUGUACAAAUCUCACUCUUUCUGGUGUACAAAUCUCACUCUCUCUCUCUGGUGUACAAAUCCCACCCUCUCUGUGGUGUAUAAAUCCCACCCUGUCUCUCGUGUACAAAUCCCUCUGUCUCUCUCUGGUGUACAAUUCUGACCCUCUCUCUGGUGCACAAAGCUCACUCUCUCUGGUGUACAAAGCCCACUCACUCUCUGGUGGACAAGGCUCUCUAUCUCUUUCUGGUGCACAAAUCUCACUCGCUCUGGUGUUUAAAUCCCAGUCUCUCUCUAGUGUACAAAUCCCUCGCUCUGUCUGGUGUACAAUUCAUACCCUCUCUAUGGUAUACAAAUCUCACCCUCACUCUGGUGUACAAAUCUGACCCUCUCUCUGCUGUACAAAGCUCAAUCUCUUUCUCUGGUGUAAAAAUCUCAGUCGCUCUGGUGUUUAAAUCCCAGUCUCUCUCUCUGGUGUACAAAUCUGACCCUCUCUGGUGUACAAAUCCCACACUGUCUCUGGUGUACAAAUAUCACCCUCCCUCUGGUGUACAAAUCCCACCCUCUCGCUGGUGUACAAAUCUCACUCUUUCUGGUGUACAAAUCUCACUCUCUCUGCUGCACAAAUCCCACCCUCUCUCUGGAGUACAAAUCUCUCUCUCACUCUGGUGUACAAACCUUCACUCUCUCUCUGAUGUAUAGCUCACUCUCUCUGGAGUACAAAUCCCACCCUCUCUAGCGUACAAAUCCCACCAUCUCUGGCGUAUAAAUACCACUCUCUCACAUGUACAAAUCCCACUCUCUCUGCUGUACAAAUCCCUCCCUCUCUCUGCUACACAAAUCUCACCCCCUCUCUGGUGUACAAAUCCCACCUUCUCUCUGGUGUCCAAACCCCACUCACUCUCUGGUGUUCAAAUCCCACUCACUCUCUGGUGUACAAAUCUCUAGCUGGUGUAAAAAUCCCACACUCUCUCUGGUGUACAAAUCCCACCCUCUCUCUCAUGUACAAGUCCCACUCUCUCACUCUCUAGUGUACAAAUCUCACCCUCACAGUGUACAAAUCCCACCUUCUCUCUGGUGUACAAAUCCCACCCACUCUGGUAUACAAAUCUCACUCUCUCUCUCUGGUGUACAAAUCCCACCCACUCUGGUAUACAAAUCUCACUCUCUGUCUCUGGUGUACAAAUCCCACCCUCUCUCUCGUGUACAAAUCCCACCCACUCUGUGGUGUACAAAUCCCACCCUCUCUCUCAUGUACAAAUCCCUCUCUCUCUCUCUGGUGCACAAAGCUCACUCUCUCCGGUGUACAAAGCCCACUCACUCUCUGAUGGACGAGGCUCUCUCUCUCUUUCUGGUGCACAAAUCUCACUCGCUCUGGUGUUUAAAUCCCAGUCUCUCUCUAGUGUACAAAUCCCUCGCUCUCUCUGGUGUACAAUUCAUACCCUCUCUCUGGUAUACAAAUCUCACCCUCACUCUGGUGUACAAAUCAGACCCUCUCUCUGGUGUACAAAGCUCAAUCUCUUUCUCUGGUGUAAAAAUCUCAGUCGCUCUGGUGUUUAAAUCCCAGUCUCUCUCUGGUGUACAAAUCCCGCCCUCUCUCUGGUGUACAAAUCCCACACUCUCUCUGGUGUACAAAUCUCACUGUUUCUGGUGUACAAAUCUCACUCUCUCUCUCUGGUGUACAAAUCUCUCUCUCACUCUGGUGUACAAAUCCCACACUCUCUCUGGUGUGCAAAUCUCACCCUCCCUCUGGUGUACAAAUCCCACCCUCUCGCUGGUGUACAAAUCUCACUCUCUCUCUCUCUCUGGUGUACAAAUCUCUCUCUCACUCUGGUGUACAAACCUUCACUCUCUCUCUGAUGUAUAACUCCCACCCUCUCUCUGGUGUGCAAAUCUCACACUCUCUGGUGUACAAAUCC